AUUCAAGUCAUUUCAUAGUGUUUCCAACAUAAUUACAAGCUAAAGAAAUGUCUUCAUCAAAGCUUCCUUCUUCAACUCAUGGAUCCAUCUCCACCCACAAUCGUCCCUUAGCCAACUUUCACCCUAAACUUUGGGGUGAUAUUUUCUUAUGUCCAUCUAAAAUGAACGUUGAUGGUGAAACUCAACUACAGCACGAAGAAUUGAAAGAAGAAGUAAGGACGAUGAUUAAGGUAGACGUGGAUGAUGAGUUGCUGCCCAAAUUGCGUUUGAUUGAUACAAUCAAACGGUUGGGAGUGAGUUACCAUUUCGAAAGAGAGAUAGAGGAAGCAUUGCUCAAUGUUUAUGACCAUCCCUACCAAUAUGACCAAACUCUCGAGGCUGUUUCUCUUCGAUUUCGAUUGCUUAGAGAGAGUGGCUUUAAUGCUCCCUGUGAAACAUUCAACAAGUUCAAAGAUGAUGAAGGAAACUUCAGCAAGUCCUUAACAAGUGACGUAAAGGGUUUGCUCGAACUAUACGAAGCUGCACAUUUACUUGUUCAUGGGGAACACAUACUCGAAGAAGCCCUUGCAUUCACCACUACUCAUCUAGAGUUAGUCAAAGCUGAUUGCACUGUGGAGUAUCCUCUUUCAGCCUUAGUCUCCAAUGCUCUUUACCAACCCAUCCGCAAGACCCUGCCAAGGUUGGAGGCUAGGCGAUACUUUGCCAUUUAUAAAGACGAUGCUUCACACGACAAAACAUUGCUGAAGUUUGCAGAGUUGGAUUUCAACCUGUUACAAAAUUUACACAAGGAAGAGCUAUGCAAGCUCUCUAGGUGGUGGAAAGAUUUAGAUUUUGCUACAAAACUACCGUUCGCACGAGAUAGAUUAGUAGAGUUAUACUUUUGGAUGUUAGGAGUGUACUUUGAGCCUGAUUACUCUUUUGGUAGAGAGAUAUUAACAAAAGUAGCAACUAUGGUAUCAGUUAUGGAUGACAUAUACGAUUCAUAUGGCACAUUGGAAGAACUUCAACUCUAUGCGGAUGCAAUUCAGAGGUGGGACGUUAAAUGUAUAGAUCAACUUCCAGAUUACAUGAAACUAUUCUACAAGCCAUUGUUAGAUGUCUAUGGAGAAGCGGAGGAGGCAAUGACAAAGCAAGAACAAUCACAUUGUGUCCAAUAUUCUAUAAAUAAAUUUAAGCAAUUGAGUGAAAGUUAUUUUGCGGAGGUCAAAUGGUACCAUGAAAACUACGUACCAACGAUGGAAGAGUAUAUGAGGGUCGCAAUUAUAUCUGCUGCCAUUACUGUAUUAAGUGUCACAUCUCUUGUUGGAAUGGGAGAUGUUGUUCCACCUGAGAUUCUCAAUUGGGCAUCGAACAACCCUAAAAUCAUUGUUGCUUGUUGCAUUCAUGGCCGCCUCUCAGACGAUAUUGUUUCACACAAGUUUGAACAAGAGAGAGAGCACAUUCCGUCGGCUGUUGAAUGCUACAUGAGAGAACAUGGAGUUUCAGAAGAAGAAGCACACAGUGAACUGAAGAAGCAAGUGGAAGAUGCAUGGAAAGAUAUAAACUAUGAGAUGAUAUUUAGUGAUACAUCUAAGGUUGUUUCGAUGUCGGUUCUUACACGAGUUCUCAAUCUUGCAAGGGCAUGUGAGUUCAUGUAUAAGGCUGGAGAUGGGUACACACACGUUGGAAAAACUACAAAAGAUGGGAUCAAUUCUUUGCUCAUUGAUCCAAUCUCAGUCUCAGCUCAAGGAAAUUAAUAUCUAUCUGAUCGGGAAUCUAUGCGUUAUCGUGUUGCUUUUAGUGUCCUAUCAUGUCUAAGAUAU